AUGGGUGGCACGCCGGUGUUGGCGGUGGUCGGUCCGCUGCUCUGGGCCUGCGGGCUGGCGCUGCAGGGCGGGAUGCUGUAUCCCCGGGAGAGCCCGUCGCGGGAGCGCAAGGAGCUCGGCGGUCUUUGGAGCUUCCGAGCGGACUUCUCCGACAACCGGCGCCAGGGCUUCGAGCAGCAGUGGUACAAGCGGCCGCUGCGGGAGUUGGGCCCCACCCUGGACAUGCCGGUCCCCUCCAGCUUCAAUGACGUGACUCAGGAUGGGCGGCUGCGUGGCUUCAUUGGCUGGGUGUGGUACGAGCGGGAGACGGUCCUGCCCCUGCGAUGGACCCAGGACCUGGGCACGAGAGUGGUGCUGAGGCUUGGCAGUGCCCACUACUAUGCUAUUGUGUGGGUGAAUGGGGUCCACAUGGCAGAGCACGAGGGGGGCCACCUCCCCUUCGAGGUCGACAUCAGCACGCUGGUGCAGGCCGGCCCCCUGGAGUCCUGCCGAAUCACCAUCGCCAUCAACAACACACUCACGCCCAACACCUUGCCUCCAGGCACCAUCCUUUACAAGACAGACACCUCCAAGUACCCCAAAGGCUACUUUGUCCAGAACACGAACUUUGACUUCUUCAACUACGCGGGAUUGCACCGGCCCGUCCUCCUCUACACGACACCCACCACCUACAUCGAUGAUAUCACUGUCACCACCGGCAUGGACCAGGACACUGGCCUCGUGAAUUACCAGAUAUCUGUCCAGGGCAGCCAACGCUUCGACCUCAAAGUGCGCCUUCUGGAUGCAGAAGGCCAACAGGUGGCUGAGGGCACAGGAGCCCAGGGCCAGCUGCAGGUGCCCCGUGCCCACCUCUGGUGGCCAUACCUGAUGCACAGCUACCCUGCCUACCUGUACUCGCUGGAGGUGCGGCUGACGGCACAGACUGCAGCUGGUCCUGUGCCUGACGUGUACACCCUGCCUGUGGGGAUUCGCACUGUGGCUGUUACGGAGAGCCAGUUUCUCAUCAACGGGAAGCCCUUCUAUUUCCAUGGGGUCAACAAGCACGAGGAUGCCGACAUCCGAGGGAAGGGCUUUGACUGGUCACUGCUGGCGAAAGACUUCAACCUGCUGCGCUGGCUGGGCGCCAACGCCUUCCGCACCAGCCACUACCCCUACGCGGAGGAGGUGAUGCAGCUGUGUGACCGCUAUGGCAUCGUGGUCAUCGACGAGAGCCCCGGGGUGGGCAUUGUGCUGCCUGAGAGCUACGGCAAUGCGUCUUUGCACCACCACCUGGAGGUGAUGGAGGAGCUGGUUCGCAGGGACAAGAACCACCCAGCCGUUGUGAUGUGGUCUGUGGCCAACGAGCCCACUUCCUUCCUCAAGCCCGCUGGUUACUACUUCAAGACGCUGAUUGCCCACACCAAGGCCUUGGAUCCCUCCCGGCCCGUGACCUUUGUGACCAAUGCCAACUAUGCCAGCGACCUGGGGGCUCCGUACGUGGAUGUGAUCUGCGUGAACAGUUAUUACUCCUGGUAUCACGACCCCGGGCACUUGGAAGUGAUCCCACUGCAGCUGGCCACCCAGUUCGAGGACUGGUACGGCGCCUACCAGAAGCCCAUCAUUCAGAGCGAGUAUGGGGCAGAAACAAUCCCAGGCUUUCACCAGGACCCGCCCGUCAUGUUCACGGAGGAGUACCAGAGGAGACUGCUGGAGCAGUACCACCUGGUUCUAGACCAGAAGCGCAGACAGUACGUGGUUGGCGAGCUCAUCUGGAACUUCGCUGACUUCAUGACCGACCAGUCACCGUCGAGAGCAGUGGGCAACAGGAAAGGGAUUUUCACUCGCCAGAGACAACCGAAAAGUGCAGCGUUUGUUUUGCGAGACAGAUACUGGAAAAUCGCCAACGAAUCCACGCAUCUGAAGCCACAGUGUCUGGAAAACAGCCUGUUUGUUCUGUGA